CCUCGGUCUAGCGAACGCAUCAAACGCCAUUUCCCCACACUAGAAAAGCAUCCCAAGAGCGUUUAGCGCAACUCUACUGAAUCAUCGCGGACUAGGGUCCCAGAAACAUGCGUGGCUCUCUUCAGAAGGUUGAAAAAGACUUACAUCAGCUGCGAAGACGCCUUAGGCCGGAAUCUUCAACCCGGAUUGCCGUCCACGUGUCAAACAGACGUGGACCACAUCAUUGGCACCACAUUUGAAUACCGUCCAUUACAUCGCGCUCGACCCAAAGCUUCGUUGCAAGAGCCGGCAAAAUGGGCGGGCCGAAUCUUGAAAUAUUCAAGUUUGGCAUGUACAUCAUGUUCCCCAUAGGCUGGAUGUAUUACUUCGGCACCAAUCUCGAUGACAAAUUCUCCGUCGAGGAUUUCUGGCCGACAAAGGAGCAGCUGAACAAGGUUCCAACCGAGCGAGAGGACAUCCUCGAAGAACUAGAGAGGAUGAAAAGGAGGAGGCUACGGAGGCGAGAGCUGCGGUUGAAAGAAGAGGCUAUGAAUGAUAGAAAUGCCGGCGUCAGGAUCCCAGCGGGCCACACACUUAAUAUGGGACGUCCCCUAGAACAGAUAGGCGAGAAUGCGACAAAAGCUUUACAAAGAGAAGGUAGGGGAUGGUUGGAUUGGAUGAGGUGGAAAUGACAUUCUUCGAGCCUUUCUCCAAGUCAUUUUGUGUAAGGAUCAUAUAUCCAGAAGGUGCGACGGAUCGCUUGCCGACAUUGCAAAUGAAAAAUUUGGAUACAUGGACGACAAACCGAGCAGUAUAAUACUCACAUAACGUAAUUCGCCACCAAGUCGCGCAGCAUAUCACUGACAAUACCAUAUUAUGUGAUGAUAUCGCGGACAAGUAUAAACCAUUGUUAGAUAAGCUUAGGAUCUUCACAUAAAGCAUGCUGGUAAUCGUAUUCACGAUUAUAUCGUGAUUUAAGCUCUGGUUGGCGGUUAAUGAAU